AUGUCAAAGGUGUUUUUAGUGACAGGUGUUUCUAGAGGAAUUGGUUCUUCCAUUGUGGAGAAGUUAUGUUCUAUUGAGACGACUAAAAUCGUAAUAGGAAUUGCAAGAUCAAAGGAUAAACUUGAGGAGCUGAAAACUCAAUACAGUGGGAAGUUUGAUUACAUUUGUGGUGACGUGUCUGAUGAAGAAACUAUAACUGAAGCUGUCAAUUUCAUUGAGUCGAAAUACAAGAGACUAGAUGGUAUUGUUGCCAAUGCGGGAGUUUUGGAUCCUGUGGAAGAUGUUAAUAAUAUACAUAUUUCCAAGUGGAAACAGUUGUUUGAUAUCAAUUUCUUCAGUGUUGUUUCCUUGGUCGGCCACGCAUUGCCCUUGUUGAAACAGAGUAACGGUAACAUCGUACUUGUCAGCUCAGGUGCCAGUACAAAGUCAUACGUAAUGUGGAAAAUAUAUGAUCAGUACGGAUGGGGUGCAUAUGGAGCUUCUAAGGCAGCAUUGAACCACUUUGCUGCCACAAUUGCAGCAGAAGAGCCAGCUGUUAAAGCAAUCUCAGUUGCGCCUGGUGUCGUGAAAACCAAAAUGCAAGAGGAUAUCAGAGAAACCUUUGGACCUAGUGGUAUGACAAAGGAAGCCCUGCAACGGUUUGUUGAUUUACAUGACAAUGACCAAUUGUUACCUCCAAGCGUUCCCGGUACCAUUUAUGCCAAUUUAGCUUCCAAAGGGAUUCCUUCUGAAUUGGAUGGCGCUUACCUAAGAUACAACGACGAAAAAUUGAGAAGUUUCUCGGAGUGA